UCACUGAAUGGAUUGAACCAGCGGUCAUCGGCAGCGCGCACGCCUGCGCUAUCUGUCACACGACACGCGGCGGCACGACUGAUAAAUAUUUGUCGCCGGUUGUUGGGAACCAGUUGGGCUGAAAGGAUUCUGUUUGCCAGCUCUUCUGUUAAAUCAUAUCCCAAAAGUGCGGAGUUUAUUAUUGGCGAAAUAAACCGGAGGAUUACAUUACAAGGACUGGAGAAACUGAGUUUUUUGUCCACGAGAUCAUAUUUUCUGGUGCUGUAGGAAUGGUGUAUGUCGAGGAGGCCUUGUUGAUGACUGACAUGAAUCAUCUCACUGCAUGAGUGACCCCUGGAAGGGAGCGAUUCCUCAUUUAAAAUGAUGAUGCAUAAGCAAUCAGCCCGUACCUCCCCGGGCAGCGUUUGUUCUCUCCGUGGAGGGGCAGUACCUGGAUCCCCAGCCGUCACUAUUGUGACCAAAAUGGACCAUCAAGUUAUCGGGUAUAAAGAUCUAGCGGCUAUUCCUAAAGACAAAGCUAUUCUAGACAUAGAGAGACCAGACCGGAUGAUGUACCAGCCACACUUCAAUUAUUCACCAAUGGAUCGUUCAGAGAGGUCAUUAUCUCCUCAUUCUAUCUCUCCCCCUCCCUCUCCAGAGAACAGUCUGUCAAAGGACGCACAGGAUUGGUCAGAACACAAAUCUUCUGGCAGCUCAUCUCCCGCCUCCACGCAGCUGCUGAGCAAAAGCAUCACCGUCAGCACAAAAGCCCCACACCAGCAGCAGCACUUUCACAGGCCAGAUAAUAGAACUAACAUAUACAAGAAGCCACCUAUAUAUAAAAAAGGCGUUUUGUCAUCUGUUCCACACGGUAAACACAUGGAGGAUCUCAUCAUCGAAUCAUCAAAGUUUCCCGCCGCUCAGCCUCCAGACCCCAACCAGCCCUCAAAGAUAGAGACAGACUACUGGCCCUGCCCACCCUCACUGGCUGUUAUAGAGACGGAACGCAGAAAGAAAACAACAUCUGAGACAGCUGAGGCAGAGGAGGAUGAGGAAGAUGAUACUUAUGAUGACAGCGAUCGGUCAGAUGACAUGUGGCGACUCAGACACAUGCAAAAACAAGAACUCAACAAGAUUCAGUCUAAUCUUGGAAAACUGAUACUAAAAGAAGAGAACGAGACAUCAGCACCUGUCCACAGAAAAACACGGUCUCUGCCCGACAGGACUCAUACACAUCUGAGCUCUAAAUCCCCCUCAUUUCCAUCCUGCACUGAUACUGGCCUUACCAGGCUCCGGUCUGCAGAGUUCUCAUCUUCAAACAAUGGUAAAGGAAGCCUAAAUUUUCAGGUAAGUGAUACUUCACGUCACAGAACAUUUAUGCUCUUGACGGAUGUUUUCAUUCAAAGGUCUAUUUACACAUCAUAAAAUUCAUGAUGAGUAGAAUAUACCAAAACUGCAAUACAAGUAUGGACUUAAAAAAUAUACACUACCGGUCAAAAGUUUGGAAUUUCUCAUGCUCUUAAAUAAAUUUAAUCUGAAGGUGUAUGUUUCAGUGUUUGAAAUUACUUGUGUGGACAAAAAUAUAAUUGUGCCAACAUAUUCAAUUUGAAUUAAUUUUUAAAACUACAUUUUAAUGAUUUAUUUGAAUGGAUUACUUGUACAAAAUAAUGAAUAAAAAGCAGCCAAUAAGAGUCCAGAAUAGAUUUCAAUUCCUUCAAUACUGUUUAAAAAGCAUCCCAGAUUGAGACAUCAAGAAGCUGGUUUAUAAAAUGCUUAUAGAUUUGGCAAAUCUAGUCAAAGGGUGACUACUGUGAGAGUGCUAAAAUGGAACAUAGAGUUCAUUUCUUUUGAAUGCUUUUUGUCACAACAUAAUUCUCACAGUUACAACUGUAUGGUUUCGCUAAGUUUACUAUUAUUCUAAAAUGUGGAAAAAAUAUAAAUAAAGAAUGAGUGAGUGAGUGAUCCCAAACUUUUGACUGGAAUAACGCAUAUCAUUUUGUACCCUUGCUAAACAGAAUUGCAUGUCUGAAAUGUUCACAUGGCCUUUCCUAAACAUGUCAUAAGCAACAUACUGUAAAGGAAUUUAACAGUCUUGUUUCAUAAUAAAUCACACUUUCUCUUAUUGUUAUAUUGGUGUGGUAUUGUUUUGUGAUCAUUUCUCAUAUAUAGAACGGGGAAGCUCAAAGCAGACGGAUAGAUAGAGGAAAUUCACUCCCCACUAUGCUGGAACAAAAGAUUUAUCCAUAUGAGAUGCUCAUCGUGACCCACAAAGGCAGAAAUAAACUCCCACCUGGUGUAGACAGAACACGGCUGGAG